AUGUUUUAUUUAAUUCGUCCUUCCAGAGAAUCAUGCUACAAUUUUCAAGAGUUCAAAAAUCUUACCAAUUCCUUCAAUUAUACUUCUCCAGGUGUUAAUGUUAAUAUCACAAAAAAUGUUACUCGUUUAGUUAUUGAUUGUUGUCAAAUGUCCGUUAAUAUAUUCAUUAAAAUUUUUAGUGUACUGCCAGAUCUUGAUAUGAUAAGUAUAACGUCAUUACCAUCAACUGUAGAAUUAUUUAUAUCGGAUGACAAUAGCCAAAUAUUUAAUCUCUUCUUAAAGAAUAACAAGAUAACAAAAUUAUCUCUUCGAAAUAUAUCUGGAGUCGAAAAUGUUUAUUUGAUUAUUGAUCUUUUUCCUCGGGUACAAUUUAUUGCGUUGCAACGCGUCAGCAAUGUCGGUUUGAAAUUAAUUAUUCAAUCUACUUUACGAAGAAUUAAAGAGAAUAAUAUUCGUCAUUCUAUGACACUUUGCAUUAUUACUGUUGAAGCAACAAAUGAUAAAGUUGAAAAAUUAAAGACAAUGAUCGAUUCAGAAAAUUUACUGGAGACUUAUCAAUUGUAUCGUCGACUUGAUAAAUUUUAUUUGGAAUGGAAAUGA